AUGUAUGCGCAGCCGAAGGAUGUCGUUUUGUUGAUAGUUGGAGUGGUACCACUGGCGAUCAUCGUUCUCGUGCAGUGUGCGAGUGGGAGACGGACAAAAAAGAUGAAUUUGUCAAAUACCAAAUCAAAAGUGACACAAAGUUCCGCAUCCUCAAACAAGUCUGUGAAGGAAAGCAACAAACGGCAAAAAAACAAACUAAGGAGAAGUGUGCAAGAAUCAUCGCGACUAUCAUCUCAGAAAAAAAGAGCAAUAGAAAAAAGACCAGUUAGCAUACGAAACCAAAAUGAUGCAAUCCUUCGGUCGAAGGGUUCAGAUCGAUGGAAUGGACUAUGGGAGAAAGAAAUGAGUGGUGAUACGUCUGCUAAUAUACCUGGAAAGUCGUCAGCUGUGAUACCUAUGGUAACUACCGGGACACUAAAAAAUGUAAAAGUUGCUAAGGUUGAGGAUACAAAAUCGAUCUCUAAUGAAGAAAUGAAGGAAGCCACCUUCAAAGAACAAGAGCAAAACACUCAGGAAAAUAUCGGCUUAAUUGAUGAAAAAGAGGAACAAGAGCUGAUACUUGAACCGAGAAAUCUCCGAUGGAGUGGUGAGGGAGGCUAUCAAACAGUACAACUGCGAAAUAUAACAAAGGACCGUUUGGCUGUCAAAGCCAAAUGUUCGGACAACCAGCUGUACCGGGUAAAUCCCGUAUUCGGCUUCAUUGAUCCGGGAGAACAAUUAAAGGUGGAUAUUAUGCGGCGGAAAGCUGUACCAAAAGUGGACAAGAUGAUUUUCGUUAGUGUUCGGGCCAAUAAGGAUGACAUUUUUCCCAAGCCAUUAUUCAAACGUUCAAAGGACAGCCAAAAGAUGGCCAUGUUACCCUUACUUAUCGCUCGAGCGAUCUGA